UAGCCACUGUAGCAAAGCUAUUGGUGACUAUUCUAACGGUAUAGAAUUGGUACUUACUUCUCCGGCUCUCAACCCGUUUCAACUAUCUACCCCUCAGCAUCUUGGAAUUUCUUGGAAGCUUUAGAACCCUGAAAUUCUCUGCUAAAGUUAACUGGUAGUUUAUGUAGUGGCACCGCCUUGCUUAUACAUAUCAACCCUACAAUGGUGGUUGCUGGUUCCUUGCAAUUGUCCCAUGACUUGGGGCUUUACAGGAACCAGGGGUACAAGAAACGAAUCAAGAAUGAAACAGGAAGAGGCAACCUACAUUUAUUACAUGCUGCUCCCAGAUCAAGUGUUUUGUUUAGGCAGCAAGAUCCCUGGAGAAAUCAUCUCUCUGGCAGUCCAUACCGGCCAAUACAUUCUGUAUUUUAUAGAAGUGGUAGUAUUAGGUGCCAUUUUUCUCCUUUACCAGGCCAAGCAUGUCAGUGCGUGAAAGCUGCUUCAAUGGAAAUCACAAAGUCAUUUAAUGUUCUACAAGGUAGUCCUCUUGUACUUCAAUUACUUCCUGCGAUUGGUGUUAUUGUCUUUGCCGUGUGGGGUCUUGGGCCACUUGUGCGCUAUAGCAGAAAUAUGCUACUUCAUAAGAGUGAUAGUAAUUGGAAAAGGAGUAGAACACACUAUGUUAUGACAUCUUAUAUUCAACCGUUGUUGCUAUGGUCUGGAGCAAUACUCCUUUGCAGAACACUGGAUCCAGUAGUUUUACCUACAGAAGCGAUUCAGGCUGUUAAGCUACGAUCUUUGAACUUUAUAAGAUCAUUGUCAACUGUGCUAGCCUUUGCCUAUUGUUUAUCAAGUGUGAUUCAGCAGGCACAGAAAUUCUUCAUGGAGACUAGUGACUCCAGUGAUGCAAGAAAUAUGGGUUUCCAGUUUGCAGGGAAAGCUGUGUACUCUGCAGUCUGGGUUGCUUCUAUUUCAUUGUUCAUGGAGUUGCUCGGUUUCUCCACCCAAAGGUGGCUUACUGCUGGAGGUCUCGGGACAGUAUUGCUGACUCUUGCUGGUCGUGAGAUAUUUACAAAUUUUCUCUCAAGUGUUAUGAUUCAUGCAACUCGACCUUUUGUUGUGAACGAAUGGAUACAAACAAAGAUUCAAGGCUAUGAGGUGUCUGGUACUGUUGAGCAUGUGGGUUGGUGGUCUCCAACAAUUAUAAGGGGUGACGAUCGUGAAGCUGUUCAUAUCCCAAAUCACAAGUUCACUGUAAAUGUUGUUAGAAAUCUUACACAGAGAAGUCAUUGGCGUAUUAAAACUCACCUAGCCAUUAGCCACUUGGAUUUUCAUAAAAUUAAUAAUAUUGUUGCUGACAUGCGCAAAGUCUUGGCCAAGAAUCCUCAAAUUGAGCAGCAGAGGUUGCAUAGAAGAGUAUUUCUGGACAAUAUCAAUUCUGAAAAUCAAGCUCUUCUGAUCUUGGUGUCUUGCUUUGUGAAGACCUCACAUUAUGAAGAGUAUCUAUGUGUAAAGGAAGCUGUACUGUUGGAUCUUCUUAGGGUUAUCAGCCAUCACAGGGCGAGACUUGCAACACCAAUCCGCACAGUGCAGAAAAUAUUUACUGAUGCUGACCUGGAAAAUGUACCAUUUGCAGACUCUGUCUACAACCGUGGAGGUGUGGCAUCUAAUCGCCCUUUACUAUUAAUUGAACCGUCAUACAAAAUCAAUGGAGAAGAUAGAGCAAAAUCUCAAACUCGUCCUUCACACUCAAGCGGAGAACAGGAUGGUAAGAGCCCAAAGCCAACACCUGAUGUCAGAACAGAUUCUAUUGUUGGAGGGACUCCAAAAUCUGAGUCUAAGGCAGGUGUGAAAAUUGCUGAAACACCAAAUCCUGACACGAGGGAGGACCAAAAUGGUGAUAAAUUAACCAAAUUAACAUCAAAGUCUGUACCCAAGACAAAUUUUAAGAUCGCCAAUAUGUCAAGUUCUGGAUCCAAAGUUCAUGGCUCAGUGUCUGAUAAUUCAAUCAAAGACAAAAAGAUGUCUGAAAGCAAGCAACCUAAAAUGGGAAAUCCUGGGAAUGUAAUACAAAACGGCAAGUCAGAAAAUCCUUCGGUUUCAUCAUCAGAGACCAGUACAGACAAAGGUGGUGGAUUACAGGAGUCAAAGCAUGUAGGUGAUAAGUUGCCGGUGACACAACAACCUACAUCAAGGCCUGUGUUGGAAGAAAAUAUAGUUCUUGGUGUUGCAUUGGAGGGCUCCAAAAGAACCCUUCCAAUAGAGGAAGAUAUGGUUUCCCCACAACCAACAGAGAUGAAGGAAAUGGCUAGUGCUCCCCCAAAUGGAAAUGGAUCUUCAACUAACGAGAAGGAAAGUAAAGAUGGUCAAUCGCCAUCCAGUUCUGGUGCAGCAUCUAGUGUCAGUGAGAGCAGUUAGAAUAGUUGCAGGCAAUUGCAUCUUGGCAUUGCUAACUUAAGAAACCUACACCAAAUCGAUUUUUUUUUUUUAAAUCAAGCAGUCAUACACUGUAAAUGCUCUCAGUAUAUUCUUCAUUAUCAGUUCUCUCAACCAUUUCAAAAUGCACCGGUUGUGAAAUUAGUGAACUUGUGUGGUUCAAUGAAUGAUAGAACCGAAGAAAUGUUCAUAGGCA